AUGGUGUCCUUGAACACCGUGGCGAGCGCUCGCACGUCGAUGACCCCGGCCCUGUUCUCCGUCCUCUUCCAAAGAUGCCAUACAUGUCUAGGCGUGGCAGACAGUGGACGUCCCGAGUUUGACCUGGACGAGCGAAAUUACCAGGUGUUUCAUGGGCUCGCGAUAUCCAUCCCGCAAUUGCAGACGUCUACCAAGUGCGCCGUGUGCUGCCUUCUCCUCCGAGCCGUGCAGGAAGCUCUCUCCCAAGCCCCCCAUUUCCUGCUGCCAGAUACAUAUGUGAUCGUUCGUGAACGUCUUGCCCUUGGACACAUCUCCCUGGGUGCCAUAGACAGGGAGCGACUUUCCGACCACGAUCGAACCGUGGCGCCUCCACCAUGUCUUCAGUGCUAUUACUUGGACACUGCCUGUGGUGAUUGCUUGGAUCGUGACAUGCAGAUCCCCUGGCUGCACAUGGGAGACUUUGAAAUCAGUGUUCAGAGUGAGGUUCUAGAAGGGGGUAACAUGCACAAGCAGAUGCUGACGGCUCUCUCUAGACAACUCCCCAUCGUGGCUCAGGACGCUUUUACCGAAGAGGCGAUCAGUCCACCCGACGGCCUCAGACCCCCAGUGUUUUACCUUGAUCGAGUCUUGGAUACAAGAGUGCCGAGUCCAUCAUCAGGGGUGCUCGGCUCCUACACGGGCCACGAUAUCGCCAGACCACCUUAUCGACAUUGGACAAACAGCCGGAUCCCGUGUUCAGAUCAUACCUUCCGCUAG